AAAAAAAAAAAAAAAAAAAAAAAAAAAAAGGGAACAGAAAUACCGCCCGCAAAAAGGGGGUGGCCAGUUUCUGGCACUGUUAUGUGGGAGGGGGCGGGGGUCACAGGGCAGGAUGAAAAUUUUGGGAACCCCUGGUUUAGGGGUUUAACAUUCUCUUAAUGUGAAAAGUGUUUCAGUCAGGGAACCUUUAGGGAAGAGUCUCUACGGCCACAUUAUUUAAUUUGCAACCAAACUUCAUUCAGUAUUAAGGUAUUUUAAAUUCUACAAGAAUCAGGGCUUUAUAUAUUAAUUGGAGCUAGAUGACGUUCAUGGUUCUUGUUAUUAAGACUUAAAAAAAAAAAAAAUUCUGGGAUUCAAUCGACACCCGGAAACGAAAGGGGGCUUUGAUUCCUUUCAAAGUAAAAGCUGAACAUUAUUUCACAUACCUGAAGUAAAGCUUUUCGUCCUCGAUGAGCGCACCCUUCUUUAUCGGAAAAAGAAAGUUGUAAUAAAUUGAACAUUUACCUCAGAUAUGAAUAAACUCUCCUUUUUUUAACAAUAAAUUUGUGACCACUGCACCAGCAGCAGCAGCAAACUUGACCUGGAAGAUAAAUGCAUCGCCUUGCACCGCAGUGUUGAAAAUCCCGGUUAAUAAACAUAAAGUCAUGAUUUUCGCCGAGGACGAAGACGACCCUUUCCCUGUGGAUGAUGGCUGUCUGUUCUCGGAGACGUUUUCCCAGGAGACUGCGUACAGGCUGAUGGGCGAGGAGCUCCGGAUAACACAGCUCUUCGGAGCCAACCUCGGCGUGGCUGCGCCCGUCUGGGAAGCUGCCUUGCAUCUGUGCCGCUUCUUGGAGGACCAGUCCGUGGAGCUGAGAGGGAGGCGGAUCAUCGAGCUGGGAGCAGGGACUGGGGUCCUCGGUAUCCUGGCUGCUCGUCGGGGUGCAGAGGUGACCCUCACAGACCUCCCUCUGGCUCUGCCACAGCUCCAGGCCAACGUCUCCGCUAACGCUCCCCCCGACGGCUGGCCCUCUGCCCCUCCCGCCGUCCUCCCCCUGCGCUGGGGCCAGGACCACCUGGGCUUCCCCGCUGACUGGGAUGUGGUGCUGUGCGCCGACAUCGUCUACCUCCCGGAGACGUACCCCCUGCUGGCGGAGACGCUGGCUCACCUGUGCCAAAACGGAGCCGUGGCGUAUCUCUCCUCCAAGAUGCGCAGGGAGCACCAGACUCAGAGUUUCUACGAGGAGCACCUGGCGAGCGGGUUCGACGUGGAGCUCGUGCACCGUGACGACAAGCAGAACAACAACAUCUACAGAGCGUCUAAGAGGGCAGAGCAGUAAGGAGGGAGCGCUGGGAAACUGUGAAAAAAAAGAGACUUGAAGCAAUUUAAAAUGCUCUUUAUAUGCGGGUUUGUGCUGGAUAUUUAAAGAAAACACUUGUUUUUAUGUGCUUGUAAGUAAAAUUAAACUUAUUUUUCUUUAGCCGAUGACUUAGUGAUGAGUGUUAAGGUCUUUUUAACAGAUUUUAUUCGUGUUUCUGGGAGAAAUCUAAAUCAAAGAGACCUGCCUUAAGAGGAGGCCUCAUUUGAAACUUAAAAUCAAGCUGUCAUGUGUAAAAAGCCCUCAAAUAAAUCCAGCUUUUUCCUCAGUGUGGCUUAAUCUUACAAUGGUAUGCUUAGAGAAGAGGAUUCAGAAGAGGAAUCUCAUGUUCAGAAAUUAAACAAAAAAUCAGCAGUG